CAUGCAUUCGGAGUUUUGCUGAUGCAUACAUCCCGUCACGUCCCCGGAAUGCUUAGGCCCAUCAAGUGGGGAUCGUCCGAAGCUGGAGUUCGGCCUUUGGCUCUCUCCUCUCCUUCUGGGAGCGCCGAUCAUGACACAAGUUUGGUUCAAAGUUAGGGUGUCUUCAACAGGUGUACAGUACCUUCUCAGUUCACUAUGCCUGGUCUUUGUGUUUAUUGUUAUCUCGACGUUGUGUCCUUUUGCUCACAAUGAACCACCGGGUCACUCCGGAUUCGGACACUUCAUCGGACACUUCUCAAGUGUGAAAGAAAGGCCGACAGGGCACCAUCAUGGCAAGUGCCGCUAUUAUGCGCCUCUGAUGAAAUACUAUCGGCAAAAAGGCCGGAUCGAUGCAGCCCGGGUCGAUACUUCAAAAUCAUCCAUCUUCAGCGCUGAGGUGACCAUACCCAUCACGCCCGGACCACGAAAGGGGAAGUCCGCAAUGCCACUGAUGAUGGCUGUUGAAGUGAGAGGCGUGAGAGGUUCAAGGACUUUCUCAACAGAAGAUUACGAUAUGGUGGAAGAAUGCAAAGCCUCGUUUCAGGGCAACUCUGUAUCGCCAAAUCGCAUCUCGGCUUCUGGUAUCAGGAUAGCAUCGCUGCGGGAUCGCCGCACUAACAGGUGGAACCUACGCACCUCGGUGGAUGCUGGAUGCAGCUACUCUAGUGUACUGGGCAACUGGGGCGCCUCCAAGCUUGGAUCUCGGCGACAACAGCACUCGGCUGGCCGGAUCUGCCUCGGCCAAUUGCUCGACUCCAUCCAUGAUAUAAAAUCUCUGAAAACAAAAUGUCGCCCCUCCUCCGUCAUGCCGGCUCGUCGACGUUGCUCAAAGUUGUUUCCUGUUACAUCUCUCUCGCCCGUCUCACUUGCCGUCCUUGGAUAAAGCUCUCAACAGCGACCAUUGCGACCUUGAUACCCCACGCAUUACUAUCCCUUGGCAACCAAGAACCUUGUUGACCACCCCCCUUCGGAAGCUUAUCCAACCUCAACAUCACACACCUUAUCGGCAGACACCCUUCACCCUCAAGUCGUCAAAC